CCACCUGAAGGAGGAGAACCGAGCUCCGUCUGUGUCAUGGGCAGCUGGAAGAAGAACGGCUUCAGGGGCGAACGCUUCAUCCUGUCAGUGGACGUUGGAACAACUUCCGUCAGAUGUCACGUUUACGACAAGGAAGCGAAGAUCCGCGGGUCCUGCUCGGAGAAGGUUGUCCCUCUGUUUCCAGAGGAAGGACACGUGGAGAUCGACCCAGAUGCUCUGUGGAAAAGUUUCAUCCAAGUGGUCAGAGGAGCCGUGACAGAUGCAGGGAUUCAGAUGCAGCAGGUUGAAGCUCUGGGCAUGUCCACUCAGAGAGCGACCUUCACCACCUGGAACAGGAAAUCAGGGGUUCCUUUUCAUAAUUUUAUCAGCUGGCAGGACCAAAGAGCUGCAGACCUGGUGAAGUCCUGGAAUGCAUCCUGCACCAUGAAAGUCAUCCAUGGUUUGAUGAAGAUGCUGUAUUUCCUGACUCAGCAGAAACGCUACCUGGCGGCGAGUCUGAUCGUGUUUUCCCCUCAGCACGUCACCAUGCGGUUGCUCUGGAUUCUGCAGCACUGCACACAGGUGCGUCAAGCAUGUGAGGAAGGCACCUGCUGCUUUGGAACCAUAGACACCUGGCUGCUCUUCAAACUCACUAAAGGCCGGGUCCAUGCCACUGAUUACUCCAACGCCAGCUCCACGGGGAUUUUUGACUCCUACCAGAUGUGUUGGAGUGGUUUUCUCUGCUCUCUCGUGUCGCUGCCGCUCUCCAUUUUCCCCACAGUACAAAACACCAGCCAUAACUUCGGCUCCAUCGACCCGUCUGUCUUCGGAGUGCCCAUCCCCAUCAUGUCUGUGAUGGCGGACCAGCAGGCGGCCAUGUUUGGAGAGUGCUGCUUCAACGUUGGGGAUGUCAAGAUCACCAUGGGAACAGGGACCUUCAUGGACAUCAACACAGGCAGCAAGCCCCAUACCUCAGUGGCAGGUCUGUACCCUCUUGUGGGGUGGAAGAUUGGCUCCGAGGUGGUGUACCUGGCGGAGGGGAACGCAGCAGACACAGGCACGGCCAUCCGAUGGGCGCAGGAGCUGGAGCUCUUCUCAGAUGUCAGUCAGACCAGCUCCAUGGCUUACAGCGUGCCCGACUCAGAUGGGGUGUGCUUCGUCCCGUCUUUCAGCGGCCUGCAGGCUCCUCUGAAUGAUCCCAAAGCGUGCGCUUCCUUGAUGGGCCUCAAACCUUCUUCCACCAAGAGCCAUCUGAUCCGGGCCAUUCUGGAGUCGGUCGCCUUCAGAAACAAGCAGCUGUAUGAGACCAUGCUGCGAGAGACGAACAUCCCCAUCACCAACAUCAGGGUGGACGGCGGCGUUUCCUCCAAUGACUUUGUCAUGCAGCUAACUGCCGACCUGUGUGGUAGAAAGCUGGUCCGACUGCAGCACAGAGAGAUGUCCUGUCUAGGAGCUGCUCUGGUGGCUGGACUCGGGACGGGCUUCUGGAGAACACGGGAGGAGCUGAGGAAGCUGCAGAGCACAGACGAGGUGUUCCUCCCACGAGGAGCAGCCACGGGGGGGCCAUGUGAGGAGUACGCCCCCAUCCUGCGGCGCUGGGAGAGGGCUCUGCAGCGCUCCAUGAACUGGUACAAGCCCUGAGGACCAGCACAAGCACAGCAGGAGGAGACCAGGAGGACCAGCAGCCUGGAAGUGAGACUGAUAGGAGAUGAAAAAUUGGUUUUGGAGGAAAGUGUCUGGAUGCUCCUUCAAGGAGGAGGAGUGGUGUGAUGCAUGAGCCUCCUUCAAGGAGGAGGAGCCUGAUGCCUGAACCCGUGGUUCAGGUUGAUUCUUCUCUCGUUCUAAACCAAGCCCAGCUGUGGUUCAGUGACUUGACAGAAACAUUCAAGCAUUUUUUGGGAAACGACCCACAACAGGUAGAGACCAAACAGCACUAAACAGAUUAACCUCAGUGUCUUCAGUGUUUGCUUUUUAAUGAUUCAGAUUCGUUAUGUUGGUUUUUGAUUCUCUGUUUUCCUUUACUCUUGUGGUACCCCAUGUUUUUCUGAGGGUUCUUCAUCCUCCUGCUGCAGUCUAAAAACGUGCAUGUUUGUUGGAUCGGUGGCUCUUCCCUCUUCUGAACAAGAUGUUAUGGAUUAAUAUGAUCCGACUCAGUCCUGAGUCAUGUCAGUUCUCCUGCCCUGCACUCUCUUCCCUCUGACAGGGAGGGGCAUCCUCUGGUCUGCUGGGAUGGAGCAGGGAAACGGUGGAAUUGAGGACCAAGAGCAGAGACACUAGUCUGGGUCCAGCUUUUAUGGCUGAUGUGACUAUUUUCUGCAUUCAGUUGUUUGUAACAAUACUCGUGUUUUUAUGGAACUCCUCAUCUCUGCAAGUGAGCACUUCAAUACUGAAAGUUUAACAAGA